GAGGCAGAGGACGUUGUGAACAGGCCAGGAGAGGCUUUCAGUUAAAUCCCUCUCUGGGAGCCAGCUUCCCCAUGAGAUUUGGGCGGCGUGCUUGGUCCACAAGUGUUAUAGGACAGCACCUGCCACAGGGCCAUGGAGAAAGUGGCAAGAAUUCAAGCGUGAUUGAAAAAACAAAUGGGGGAAAUCCAAACAAAAGCCCUCCUCAGUCAGCCUGAGAGCUGGUUAUGUAGAAUCAGGGGGCAGGAGGCGGCGGCCGUCUGAGGGCAGAGAGCACUUCUUGAAUUAAGCGCGUUGAGUGGACAAGUCAGCCAGUAUCUGGGUGGGGAGGCAUGUGCGGCCCCUGCCCCCUGGGUCUGAGGGAUGCAGUGUGUCCGGGAGGCUGCAGAGAUGCAGGUGGGGGGCUCAGCAUCUCUCCCGGCCCCACCCACAAGCCUGAGACAGAGGACAGGGAGGCCGCUGGACAGGGAGGCCCCGGCCCUGCCUCCCCACGGGGGAGCAAGUCAAGUGUGCAAUUCUUGGGACCAGCCCCCCAAAGGCCACGCCCAGAGGUGCAGGUUCCUGGAUUCAGGGGCCCCAGGCUACCCUCCCAGGGUCCUGCCCAGUCCCCCCAGAAACUCUCCCUCAACCCACUGCCCCAGCCCUCACCCAGAUGGAACAGAAGCAGAGGCACCCAGAAGCCUGGGGGCAGGAGGGGCUUGGACGAGGACCCGCCUUGGUCAGGAGAGUCCGUGUCGGGGGUCCCCACGUGCACAGAGGGGUCUUUCUUACCUUUUUCUAAAUUGGGUAUAGUUGCUUUGUAGCGUGUUAGUUUCUGCCGUACAACAGAAUCAGCUAUGCGAGUGUGCUCACAGAUGUCCGACUCUGACUCCAUGGACUAGAGCCCGCUCCUCUGUCGGUGGAAUUUUCCAGGCAAGGAUCGCCUCCUGCACCUCCCCCCACCCACACUGCACGGAGCGCCUCGGAGCACCGAGCUGGGCCCCCCGCGUGUACGGCAGCUUCCCCCAGCUUUCUGCUUCACAGGCGGUCGUCCUGUGUGUCGAUCCGUCUCCUGACUCUUCCCACGCCCCCUUCCCCUCCUGUCUCUCCCUUCCCCCUCCCUCUCCAGCCCGGCGUCCACAUGUUGUUCUGGACACCUGGGUCUUUCUUACUCUGCUUGAAGCUGGCGUUCAGGAGCAGGGGUUUGCGGGCCGGGUGGGGGCUGGGAACCGUGUUCACCCUCCGGGGGGUGGCUCCCAGCCUGCAGCUUAAAUGGGAUCAGAGGGGGCCUACGGCAGCAGGGGGCCUGUGGGGCCACAGUGGGCCGCCCAGGUCCAGAGCAGCCCCGCUGGGCUGCGGGGGCUCGGAUUGGCCGCUCCCCCCACCCCCCCCGAGGCCUGAGCUCUGUCCCGUCCCUGCUCCAGGUUGCAACCCCUCAGCUACACUCAGUCAGACGUGCCCUGUGGUCACUGUCGUCCUGGGGGAGCCUGGGAGGCCGUGGUGGACACGCUGUGCCUGGCUCCCUUGCACCAUCUAGAGGAGACCCUGAGAAAAGCAAGAGCAGCCUCCUACGGCAGAGGCGACCAGUCCCGCCUGGGAAGCACCUGCAUUCACGAUCAGAGUCCAAGGCCUCAGAACCAGCAACCUGCAAUUCCGGCCCAAUGGGCCCGUCGGCCUGGUGCUGCCCAAAUGCCUCAUCCUGGAAGGUCUCCUGGCCUCCAGCCUGGGUGACUUCAGCGUGCUCUCCCACACCCCCUCCCACUGCAGAUCUGAGGUCGGGUCCACUUCCCACCAGACGGGGCCGUGUGAGGACUAGGGGUGCGGCCCAGCACCCCAGCAGCUCCGCCCGCUCAGCCCCUUCUCAGCGGCCCAGCCACCCCCCACCCUGAACUCCCACUUCCGCAGGAGCGCCUGCCUCCCAGCCCCGAGCCCAGGCCUUUCCGACCCAAGCCCGAGCCCACGCAGACCCCAUGGCCGGGCUCAAGAGUUCCCACUCCCCUGUGCAUGGCCCCCCGUGGUCUCGCUUCCUGGGAUUCAGGCCUGGCGAGCCCCCUCCCGAGAGGAGUCCAGAUUGGUGAGGCUGAGAGGACCCUGGAGGGGAAGACGGUCACCGCCACAGCGGAGCGACAGGGCACGGCGGGUCCUCUCUCCACCUUUGCAGAGGGGGACGGCUUCUGUCUCUGAGAUUUUCAAUUUUCAACCUUUUUGUCCUUUAUGAACCUUCUGUAACACAACUUUUAAUUACAAAAUACAAAAGUGUGUAAGGGCAGAGGUCACACGAAGUCCCGUCUUCCUCCUGUUCUCUGGGGUCGUCUGUGCCACGUCUGUGUCGGACGUGCUGGGUGAGGGCUGCUGGGGCUCAGGGCUGCCCUCCUGCCCAGCUGGUGCCCCGUCUUCACACAGGCCCCCUGUGCUCAGGCAUGUGAGCGCCCGCAGGCCGCCCCUGACCCUGGAACUGCAGCCGCAUCCUCCCCUGAAGGGCCUAGGUCCCACACGGGUGACCUGACUCAGGUGAGCUGGUCACCCUCCCGGCCUGUGGAGGGGACUGCACGGUCGGCCUGGCUCAUGGGGUUGCUGUUCUCAGCGGUGUCUUGAGGACGUUUCCGGCUGACAGACCGGAGAAGCCGUUCUUCCCACUGCCAGGCCCCAAAUAAUGACCCAAAUAAUAAGUCAUUUUCAGAAGGAAGCCAAGCAAGGUUCAGACACCUAAGGAACCAAAACACGUUGGGAAGGUUUUCUAACCAAUCAGCCUUCAUGUUUGAUUCAAUUAAACAAGUGACCAGAUUGAAGUGCCUCUCCCACCAUCCACUCUCUUAUGCAACAGAAGCUCGUCCCGAGACCUGUCUCUGAACUGGCCACACCCUGGGGACGAGGCCCUGGCUGGCUGGCCCUCCCCGGGCCGACACUGAUGGGUUCCGGCGGGCACUGGGCCAGUCUGCACCCCUAGACCGGCCCCUGCAUCCUCUCCUCCCCUCCCAGGUGCAGCGAGGCCCACAGGAGAGCCGGCUGCACUCCUGCGGCUUCAGCAACUCUCCACCCCGGCCCACCUACGGCAGGCACAGGCUUUCAGGACUGCUCUCCUCUGAUGGGCCUGGUCCCCUGGGUUUCAGUUGUUGCCCUGAAACCUUAGCUCUCUGACAAAUUCAAGAAAAGUCAUGACUGUGCAGAUCGCUGGUUUUCUCACUGUGAGGGGGAGGGUUCUGCUCAUUUCACUCUGUCGGGGGGCUUCCGGACCAGCCACAGGACCUCGGCACCGUGGUGGUGCCUGGCGUGUGGCUGGACCACAGCUUGCCCGAUGCCUCCCUGCUGAUGGACAUCCAGGCUGAUUCCAAUUUGGGGAAAAGAGGAAUGAAAUCAUUCUGAACACGUCACAAGUGCUUGCAUAAAGUUCUGUCUUCACUUGGGAUAAACACCCAUGAGUGCAACUGCUGGGUCACAUGGUAGCUGCACGUUUAGUUUUUAAAGAAACAACCAAAAUGUUUUCCUGAGGGGCUGUACCGUCUGAUGUUCCCAUAUCCCAGCAUUUCUCAGUUUGACACCUGGUAGAGAGGAUGCUGCGGAGCCCCUGACUGUGUCUGAGCCCGAGUGCACCUCAGAUCCCACUGCAGGAGUCGGAGCCAGGAGGGAGCUGGCACGGCGCCCCUGGGUCCUGGGCGCCCACAUCAGCAGGCCGGCCACCACCCCCCGCUGGGGCAACAGGCUGGACGGAGCACAGAUCAUUUCAGAGCUGUAGGUGCAGCUCUGAAGGUAGAAUCUUCUGGAAGAAGACUAUUCAGGUGUCCUGGCCUUGGGCAGACGCACUUACAGGGCUCAUGGCCAGAAUUUUGCAGACUGUUCGUGGACAUGCCUUUUGCUGGCGCCCACCGGUGACCCCCAGAAGGACCAGUGAAGCAGAGGCUUGGCUGAUGAGGAAGUUACAGAGCAGGGGGCCACUGGGCUCAGAGCUCCACAAAGGGCCCCCCCAAGGAGGAUACGAGGGAGACAGCACAGCGGGGACAGAGCGUGCCAGGGUGGGUUGGACCCUGUGUCCAGCUCUGAUCCAGGGUCCCGGCGGCACACACCUUGGCCACCAUUGCACUGGGGCUGAAGGUAGCUGGGCAGAGCCUGGUGGGGAAGGGGCUACGCCCCCGCCCUCUCUGUGGUCGGGCUCCUGGCAGCUCCGGAGUGCGCUCUGGGGAGCCAGAAGCCAGGGAAGAACCUCUGAGUCUUGGGGUGCUCGCAGGCUUGGGGGACCCAGGGAGCUCCGCCCUUAAGUCUGGGGCAGCGCAAAGAGCACGAGGCAUAGUCGGCGGGAGCGGGAGGGGGUGGCCCCCCCACCCCACCCCCUCCGCCCGUCGGACCACCCAGCGCGUGGCUCCCUCCUCCCCCCGCCGAUCAGGGGGUCACCGCGAGCCUGCUCUCCGCUCCCCUCGGCCGCUUUACCGGCAACAGGGGCCUCCCCCGCUCCGGGAUUGGAUGCGAGAGGACGGGUGGGGGCGGGCGGGGGGACCCGGGGAGCCCAGGUUCCCCGCUCGGGCGGAGAGCAGCCGGCAGCGCAGACGCCGCUGGUCCGCACAGGGGAGAACCUCCGCGCAGUCCUGGAGCGCGCCGGCGGGCGGCGCGGAGGAGGCGGCAGCAUUGGCGACCCGCAGGCGGCAGGCGCACCGCGAUGUUUGACAGCUCGCAGUAUCCCUACAAUUGUUUCAAUUACGACGCCGACGACUACCCGACGGGCAGCUCGGACGAGGAGAAGCGGCUCACGCGGCCAGCGUACAGCUACAUCGCACUGAUCGCCAUGGCCAUUCAGCAGAGCCCGACGGGCAGGGUGACCCUGUCCGGCAUCUACGACUUCAUCAUGCGCCGGUUCCCGUACUACCGCGCCAACCAGCGCGCCUGGCAGAACUCCAUCCGCCACAACCUGUCCCUCAACAGCUGCUUCGUCAAGGUGCCGCGGACCGACGGCCACGAGAAGGGCAAGGGCAACUAUUGGACCUUCGCCGGCGGCUGCGAGUCGCUGCUGGACCUUUUUGAGAACGGCAACUUCCGCCGGCGGCGGCGCCGGCGCGGCCCCAAGGGCGAGGAGGCGAGAGGGGCACGCGGGAGAGAUGCGGGGGCGCCCCCGGGGCCCCCUGAGCCCCCAGGCCCCCGCCGCGAGCCCCCGACCCCGGCCAGCCCUGAAGUCCUGAGGAGGGACGCGCACAGGGACAUCAAGUUCAGCAUUGACUACAUCCUCUCCGCCCCUGACCCCUUUCCCCGGGGCAGGUCACCCCACAUGCACCCCCCGCUGGAGGGCCGCCAGGUGAACCUCCAGCUUUGGACCAUGUGAGAGGGGCUGAGGUGCUCCGCGUCCAGGGCUGGCACCGGUCAGUCUGGAGUGUUCGCGGUGAUUUCAGUCCACCUGAAGCAAAGAAGUGCGGUUCUGCCAUGCUCCACAAAGUUCACAGACUCAGGCUCAACGCUGAAACCAGCCUGGGUUGGAGGGAAAGACGUGAUGGGCUGAAAGGCGCUCAUUUCCCUGUUGCCCCAUUACCCCUUCAGAGCCUGAGGACUUAAGGGUUUGCUCUUGACUCACCCGCGGAUCCUGCCUGAGGGCUAAGCGCUCAAGGUCAGGGUCACGUUCACUUAGGGUCAAGGUCACUUCCUAGACUGCUGCGGGGAGCUGAGUGUGGGGUGGAGUUGGUGAGCGUUUUCUCUCACUGAAAACAAUAAAAGCAAAGUGCAGAAG